GUUGACAUCUCGCCGCCGGUGGCCAUGGAGGGGGCCUUCAUCACGACGGAGCUCCGCGGCGCGCUGGCCAAGGUGGCCGUGUUCCUGCUCGUCCAGGGUCUGGUGUACCUGAUCCUCAGCAACUCGUCGAACGUCUUCUCCAAAGAUAAGAGGCUCAGGUCCCUGAGCUUCCGGUCGAUGCGGUCCAUGAGCGUGAGGCGCGUGCUGGCGCCGUUCUCCGACGUCCCCGUCGGCACCGACGAACCCUCCUCGCCUUCGCUGCUGUCGUCGUGGUAGUCGCGCCGCUCUGCCAACCGCGAGGACUGAAUUGCUUGGAGAGCUAGCGGUUGCUUAGUUCUGAACGUAUGGACAGUUCCUCUGUUCUGCGUUGUCGUGGAUUCUUAUCGUGGUUGAGAUUUGAGAAUCAUAUUUGAACUCGUUAUGUUAGGCCCUGUUCGGUAAUGAUCCGCUCCCGGAAUCUGCGGAGCGGGUGACUGGCAACUCCACCAUCUUGACCUACAGCUCCGCCAACUCCGCUCCGGGAGCUGUGGAGCGGAGCGA